AUGCAAAUAUUCUCUGAGAGUUUGCUGAAAAGCCAACCGACCCGCAACGAGCCGGGACCAUCUACCUCCUCAGCUUUACAAUCAGAGAACAACAGCGCACAAUGCAACGGGAAGGGCACUCCGAAGUCCGCAGAGACUCCAAGGUUGUUCAAGAAGAAGAAAAAUGGUGAAGUAAGUGGAUUUUUGUUGUGUUGCUUCCGAUUUUAGGGUGAAUACGAGGUGGGGAUGAUGUGAGAAAGGUCUGGGAUUAAGAGACCUUGAAGUAGUUAGCUUUUGGAUCUUCUGUUUGGCAUCUGUCUAGAGAAAUAUCAAUUUUGUCAAAAAUUUAGUCUCACCAUUCCAAGAGGUCGGGGAAAUCAACAUUUCUUUUCGUCGUAUAAUAUGAUGAUGCAUAUUGGAAGGUGUUUUAGCCUAGUAGACCCUAGAUUUUUACCACUCAACUUUAUUUUGGGUAUCUAAAUGCAAAAUGUUUGAUAAUGGAGCUCAAAAUCUUCUCCUUUAGGUGUUCUCCAAGAGUGCUUCCCUCUCAACUUCAUCUAAGGCGCCGGAAUAUAUUACACUAGGUGAUUCACCGGUUAAAAACCAGAAAAAUGGUGAGAAACCGCUAAAUGGAACCAAGAAACGGAAGCUCCCGGAGACCGCUGGCGACAGAGUUCCCACUUGUUCUACAAACUGCACUCCAAGCACAUCCACAGCAAUCUCGACCUCAUUUUUAUCAAGUAGUAUGCCCAACAACACGUCCAGCCAGUCUACAGUUUCCCAUUCGCAAAGUUCUUCCAAACGCGUCGACGUCUCUCAGGACCCGGAAGGCUCAAUUUUGUCGCCGAUGGAGGCAACUCAGGGCAUGCUGAAGAUGGUCCAUGGGAUUUCCGUGGCGCGCGAGGUGCCCGUUCGGCCGGCCUUCCCCGUCUUCCGAAGCCGCUUCGACACCGAUGUGACACCGAUUUCGCCAAACGGUAGGAAGCUGGGUAUGUUAGGUAGAUCAGAGUAAAUGUCGUGAGCACUUGUGGUAGUGGAAAAGCACGGAAGUUAUAUUGCACAUGACAUCAGGUCAAGCUCGUUUUAUUUUGUGCUUUAAACAUGAUUCAAGGUUAAUUUUUGAGCAUAAAAGAAUAGAUUAUUGAUUUGUAAAGGCUUUUUCUUGUUUUUCUAAAAGAAAUUUGCGGAAAAUUGAAGAGGAUGAUGCAAUUAUAUUGUACAUGACAUCAUGCCUAAAAGCUCUUAAUUUUUUCUCCGCAAAUGGUCGGAAUUGAUAAAAAAUUUUUAUAAAAACGUAUAGUAAAUUUAUAUUUUUUGUCACAGUGAGUGAUGUUUCCCACCUGCACAUACCCAAAACAAAGUUGUUGAACUUUUUAGCAGCUGAAGCCGCGAAACGCGCGGGCGCCUCGAUCCGAGUACGCCUCGACGAUCUGAAUCCAGCCUCGAAAAUCUCACUGUUUGAUAAUGAGAAUGAAAAUAAGUUGCCACUGAGUGUGACCGACGAAAAACGGGACAAAAAAGGGUUGGCCAAGGACCCGAAAACCGGGCUGACAAUGGAAACGGUGAAGCGACGGGAUCUGUGCCAAAGGUUCGAAAAAAUGCUCAAUUCCGAAAUGGGAUUUACAUAUCGGGUUAAUCAGGUGAGGACAGGAAUUUUUGGGGGAUUGUAAUGAAAAAAAAUUAAACGUUUGAACUUGGCCACAAAUUUUUUUAGGCUAUGCAUAGCUAUGGAAGAAAUUUGCUGUAUUGUGGGUUAGCCGAACUUGGAAGAUUUCUUGACCAAUAACUCAAAGAAAAGAUUGACUAUGAUUUACAAAAAUUGCAAAUUUUGGACCGUAAGAGAUUAUUUUUGGAAGUGUUUGUUACUAAAACGCUGUCUGAAAAAAGUUGGGAUAGCGUUUUAGUGAUAAGCGGACUUGCUUCCAAAAAUGGAUCUCUUGGAGGCCGAAAUCUACAAUUUUUGUAAAUCUUAGUCUGCUUUUUCUUCGAGUUUUUGAUCAAGACAUCUUCCAAGUUCGACUAACUCACCGUACAACAAAUCUAUGGCCAAAAUUUUUUUGUGACCAUGGUCAAAAUUUUUGGCCGGGCUGUGAAAACACCUUUAUUUUUUGCCUAAAAAUGAAUGGUAAAAGCUGAACUUGUCGUUAAAUGUGGUAAUUUUCUGGCUUCAGCUACCUCAACUGACCAAUAUCCAAUUGGCCGGCCUUAUGCGAAGAAGUCGCAAUCGGAAUGAAUUUUCGGAAAUGUCCGAUGAAGUUUGGUGUCAAGUGUUCGAGGAGAAACGACGAUACGAAGACAGAUCACACGAAUAUGACAAUGUGAUGACCAGAGAUUUUGUCAAGAAACUGCAGGUCAUGCAAGUGGAUGAUCGAAGCGAAAAAACUGACUCGGAGCCAGAGCUGGAGGAGGAAGAAUUUGAUGAAGAAGACGGAUUCCCGGUGUUUGAAGAGAUCCAGAAUGUGGAAGAGGAAACGUAAGGACUUGGAGAGGAGUUUUAGGGAAGAUAAGAAAAGAUUUUUGAGAUUUCAGGACAAAAAUUAUAUUAUCUAUGAUGAAAAUUUUGAAAAAGUUUUAAUUUUUUUGAUGGUGGUGGUGUAUAGAGGGCAUAAAAGGUCCAAUUAGAAGGUUUUAGUGCUAUUUGAGUCGUUUUGUUAUAAAAUUUAUAGUUUUUGGCAUAAAAAUUAUAUUAUCCAUGGCAAAAAUCUGAUGGAAAAAGUGGAUUUGUGAAUUUUGUAAAUUGAUCGUUUUCAGAAAAGGGUCUCAUGAGAUGCUGACGAACAUGUAUCGCUACUUUGAGACUCGUCGACACCUCCUGGAGGAAGAGAAAUGGCUUCAAAUUCAGAUCAAGAAGAUGACCGAAAAACAUGAACUGCUCAAAGCUUCAGGAAUUUUGGUAUGUUAUUUUUUGCUUAUUUUUAUGUCUUUAGAAUCAAGAGCCUCACUUGGUGUUUGGACGUCCGGCCAUAACACUGGACCCGUCGGAACGCUGCGCACGAUGUUUACCUCUGGUCGCGUACAAAAAACGGCCAAUAAUUCGAAUGCCAGCGAGCAAAGAUGAUGAACAUAACAUCAAGACCAUGAAUAAUUAUAGUAAGCAAGGGUUGGACAGCGUUUUGUAUUGUUUUGAGGCAGUUUUAGAGAAGAUUUUGCGGAUUUUGGACUGGUGUCUAGUGUAAUAUAAAAAUUUGCAUUUUUUAUAUGUUUUUCGCUUUUAGCCGAUAUCAACUGCGACCUCGUGGAAGAACACCUCCAAAAACUGUCGAAUGGACUCGAACACGAACCUACAGGGUAUGUUUUUGUUUGAUUUUUUGUUGAUUUUUAGAUUCACAUUGCCCUUCGAAGACACCCGAAGACAAAAACCGAGGAGGCUGGGCGUAAAAACGGAUGAAAAAGUGCUCGCCAGAGCUCGCGAACGAUACCACGCUAAGCGAGCACUGUUCAGGUUGACGGGCGAGACGAAGAAAACGGUGGGAAGACCAAGAAAGCCGCAUGAGUACAAAGCUCUGAAGAGUCCAAAGCCCUCUCCAAUGGUACUGAAGAAGAAAAUGAGUCAAGUGGAGAGGAAGGAGGAAGGCCCCAAGAAGCUGAGCAUGCUCAUGAAUCCGGUCUUGGCAUUGGUGAGGAGAUUUGACAUGAUUUAUAUUAUCCAUGAGGACCUGAAGGAAUUUUGAAAAUUUUGAAGGGAUAUAGUGAUUUUACUGGGCAUUUAGUGGGUAAAACAGAUGAAUAGAGCAUUUGAAAGGCCGUGGCUAAAAUAAUAUGCAUUAAUUUUAUUGAAAAAUUGGAAAAUUUAUAUUAUCCAUGAAGAGUUGGUGGGACAAUAAAAAUUAUGUUGAUCUAGGCGAUUAAGAAUAAAAUAUAUAGAUGAAAUUGCCGUAUAAACCCAUACGAAGGUAGAUAAAUGAAUUUGCGCUUUGAAUUUUUAACUUUUUAUGUCAGGUCUAGGGCGCAGCUCGCCGAAAAUGAUUUUACGAAAUUCGAUUUUUUCGUGGCAAUUUUGAGCUUUUUGCGGUUGGAAUCGACCGGUUUUUGCGAUUUUUUGAUGAAGAGAAUUGAUUGGGAACGGAUUCAACGGGCUUAUGUGAGUUUCUGGGACCAACUGCCAUGGAUAAUAUAAUCAAAUUUUUUUUGUCGCGAUUUUUUAUUUUGAUCUAAUUUUUGGACAGUAUAUUGUUUAUGUUUUCAGGAGAUUGAGCGUGAAACCCGACAGUUAGAGGAGAAAUUGAGCCGCGUCAGCCAUAAUUACAACUAUCAGGAGAUCACAAUCCCCUCAUUCCGCCCGUUCGACGAGAAGAAUGAGCUGGAAAAGCUGAAUGAGCGCUCCUCACGCCGAAGCUCCAUCGAUGAAAAGGCCCUGAAUGUGGAAAAGGAAGAGGAAAUUGAACCGAAUGAGGCCCUGUGGUUCGCAAAAAUUCAUCAUUUGAUCGAAUAUCCAAGGCUCUCCGAGACGGAAAUCAAACGAAGAAAGAAGGAUAAAGUCACACUUGUCCCGGAACAUAGGUAAGAAUUGGAUUGGAGAGGGUUGGAAUGAUUUUUUGAAGGUUUGAAAGUUUUUGGCAUGUGUAAUAUAAUGAAGUGGGAAAAUUGCCCAAAAGCUUGUUGAUUAAUGGUUUAUUGGUUGAGAUAUUGGUUUAUUAGAGGAUUUUUGGCUAGUUGGGAGGUGGUGGCGGUGGUUUGAACCAAAAAUUUGAAAGUUUUGUCAUGGAUAAUAUAAUGAAAGUGGGAAUUGGCAUAAGAAUUGGUCAGCUUUAGAUGAAUUGUGAUGUGAAUUGAGGAGGAAAGGGUUUUUUGAAGCCUUUGGACGUUAAAAUCGGGGUUUUUAGGUGUUUCUUUGAGAUUUUUUGUCAUGUGUAAUAUAAUAAAUUUUUUGUUGAGGUAAAUUUAGUAGUAUGGAUAUUUUUAGAGGCGUAAUGAGGUCAGAAAUGUGUUUAAAAUUAGGUUUGGAGCUUGCUAUUUGAGAUUUUUUGUCAUGUGUAAUAUAAUAAAAUCUUAUGUAGGGGUGAAUUUGGUAUCAUAGAUGGUGAUUGAGGUGUAAUAAGGUCAGAAAUGCAUUUUAAAGUCAGGUUUGGAACUUGUCAUUUUAGAUUUUUUGUCAUGUGUAAUAUAAUAAAAUCUUUUAUGAAGGUAAAUUCAGUUGUUUUGAUGAUGGUUUAGGUAUAAUAAGGCCAGAAAUGUAUUUAAAAUUAGGUUUGGAACUUGUUAUUUGAGAUUGUUUUGGGGGUUUUGACUAUUUUUUCUACGAAUUUUUAAUCAUUUUUUUUUGUUUCAGGCCGUUUAUUCCCGAACUGUACGCCCACGAGAACCCCCUGAGCCAUUGCCUGAAGGUGUCGGUGAACAAUGUUGACCCCGCCCCCUUCCCGGCCCGCUUUCCACCAGCUUUGCGGGUCGAAAAUUGCACCGUCGUCCACGAAGAGCCGGUCAUUGUGGACCUGAACAAACAAGAACGAAGCCGCAAGUCGCUGAGGGCCAUCCGAAAGGACGGCCGAAGCCGCUCGAACUCGGUCAUGGACGAGGAUUCGCGAAGCCGCAGCUUCUUCGCCGACAAGGACGAACUCCACAUCGACAUGAAUCUGAUCCACUCCCUCUCCAACUCCCCUCUAAUGACCCCCAAUACCGAAUCUAAUACGUAAGCGCUAUUUUUGAUAAUAAUUUGUUGCUUUAUGUAAAUAAAUGUCUGUUGUUGUCCGAAUUUUUUGUUUUAACUUGUGUUUGGUGUGGAAAUAACCUUUGUUUUUAUGCUUUUUGUUGGCUAAUUUACUAACAUGUUUGGUUGAGUCUGUUCUUGUCUGGAAGGGUUGAAAUUUGAAGAUUUAGGGGGUGAAAAUGAGAUUUUUUGGAGGUUUGGGGGUCUAUGUCAUGUGUAAUAUAAAAAUGUGUGAAAAGAUUAGUUUUCGAGUUUUUUGAUAAUAAUUUUUGAUGGUUUAUCCAAGGACAUGGUUGAUUGAGUCUGUUCUUGUCUGGAAGAGUUGAGAUUUGAAGAUUUAGAGGGUGAAAUGAGAUUUUUUGGAGGUUAGAGGUUGUAUGUCAUGUGUAAUAUUAAAAUGUAUGAAAAGAUUUGUUUUCGAUUUUUUUGAUAAUAUUUUUUGAUGGUUUAUCCAAGGACAUGGUUGAUUGAGUCUGUUCUUGCCUGGACGAGUUGAAAUUUGAAGAUUAAGAGGUCGAAAAUGAGAUUUUUUGGAAGUUUAGGUGGCGUAUGUCAUGGAGAAUAUAAAAGUUGGUGAAAAGAUUGGUUUUUGAAAUUUUUUUUGACGGUUUACCUACGGAUAUGUUUGUUCGAUUCUAUUCAGCGUUUGCUACUUGAAGUGUUUGGAUUAAGUCGUUGAAAAUGAGAUUUUUUGGAUGUUUAGCGGACAUAUGUCAUGGAUAAUAUAGAAAAUGCGGUUUCUUGCUUUUAUUAGCAGUUUGUUGAUGGAUCAAUGUGUUAACAUGCUUUCUAGAGUCUAUUCCGGUCUUGAGAUAGUGUAAUUGGAUGAUUGAGUCUUUAAAAAACGAGAUUUUUGGAAUUUCGGGGCCAACUGUCAUGGAGAAGUUAGAAAAGUUGUAGAGUUUGAGUUUUUUUUAGGGUUUCGCUUGCGAUUUAGAUUCUGUAGAUCUUCUAAAUAGUUAGGAUGGGAAAUUUGGCGAAUUUAUUCGACUUCUGAGCUCGAUAUUACACAUGGGAAAAUUUUUUGGAUUUUUGGAUUUUUUUAAAAUUUUUUUGCAGAAUUGUCUCAGAUUUUCUUCUAAAUGUCCUAAAACUGAUUUCGAAGAAAUUUUAGCUCUUAUUUCCUCUUUAUUUUUGUUAAAAUCAAUAUUUUUCGUCCAAUUCCCCCUAAAAUUGGUUGUUUUAGGCCGUCUCCGUUGGAUAUGAGUGCGCUGCAUGCGUUGAUGGAGAGCCGUCGACGGAACACGAUCCCUUCUACAGCGCAAUGCACAUUUCCGGCGGCGCAGCGGUCCAGUCGUCUGACGUCGGACCCUUUCAUGAGCUCCGAGCCCAACAUUUCCUCGGAUUUGGGGCAAAAAUCGGAAAAAUCCGCCAAAUCCCCCAAAAUUUUCGAGAAAUCCGCCCUGAAAUCGGUAGAAAAAUUGGAUGCGGAGGAGGAGAAGUGCGGUUUGCACGGCUGUCCGUCCGAUCCGAACCUCGAAGUGGACAUGUUCAAGGUGCCCAUCACUCCGGAGCAAGCGCUACCUCAUCCCCCACGACCUCUCCCCCAGCCUCCUAUUUGA